AUGAUCAGGAAAUCUCAAUUGAGCGGCGGUCUCUCAGCUCCAUUGCCUCUCGAGCAUUCUGAUUUCUCUUGUAUGGGCCGAUGUCGCGGCCAACAGUUCAUUCUGUUCUUCUUGGCUAAGCAGUUAAACCGUCAACAUUUAGUGGACACAAGCGAGUCUUUUCUGAAGAUGAUGGCUUCAUGGCUUGUUCGGAGGUAUCAUGGCUACGACGACAGGAGGCAAGACGAAGAGGGUCAGGCCACCAUCACCCUGGCUGUACCGGAUUUACAGACAAGCAGAUAUGUCUUUAGGUUCCACUUUUGUAGCUUUCCGAGAGAACCCGAUUCGUGCCAAGACAGUGGUCAACGGGAGAAGCUAUCGUUAACAGUAGAACGUUAG